AAAUCCAUUAAAUCCUUAGAAGAAGAAGAAGAGUCCUCGGGGACACUCCGGGGGCUGGCUGUCAGUGAACUUUGACCUGCCCCUGCAGGGUGAGAGUGCAAACAUGUCGGGCAGCAGACUGAUGAGGGCCAUCAGAGUGAGUGAGUUCGGAGGCCCUGCCGUCCUCAAACUGUGCUCGGACGUUCCGGUUCCCGUGCCCGGACCCAGACAGGUGUUGAUCCAUGUCCGGGCUUGUGGAGUUAAUCCUGUGGAGACCUACAUCCGCUCUGGAGGCCACGGCAGGAAGCCGACCCUGCCCUACACGCCUGGCACUGAUGUGGCAGGAGUGGUGGAAGCGGUUGGAGAUGGGGUCACUGCGGUGAAGGCAGGUGAUCGUGUCUUCACCACGGCCACGGUGUCUGGAGGUUAUGCCGAGUUCACUGUGGCAGCUGAGGACUGUGUUCACUGGCUGCCUGAUGCAUUGGACUUCCCUCAGGGAUCAGCCAUAGGCAUUCCUUACUUCACUGCCUACAGAGCGCUUGUUCACAAGGCUCGUGCCAAAGCCGGGGAGACGGUCCUCAUCCAUGGUGCCAGUGGAGGGGUGGGCGUGGCCGCAUGCCAGCUGUCCCGCGCUCUGGGCCUCAGGGUUCUGGGAACGGCAGGGACACCUGAAGGAAUGAAACUGGCUCUCAGCAACGGAGCUCACCUUAUUUUCAACCACAGAGAGGAGGGCUAUACGGACAAAAUCAUGGAGGCCACAGGCGGUGCUGGUGUAGAUAUCAUAGUGGAGAUGCUGUCCAAUGUGAACCUCAGCAAAGACCUUCAGAUGAUGGCCUUUGGAGGACGUGUUACCGUCAGUAUGAGUCCAGCAUCUGUUCCUAUAGGUGUUCACAGUCAAUCUGUGGAGUUUACCUUUUCUCGGCAGGUGGUCGGCGCCAGAGGCUCCAUAGAGAUCAACCCUCGAGAUACCAUGGCCAAAGAGAGCAGCAUCAUGGGAGUGGCCCUUUUCUGCGCCACACAGGAGGAGAAGAAGGAGUGUGCAGCGCUGCUCUAUGCUGGGAUGGAGGCUGGUUGGCUGCGUCCCGUCGUUGGUUCCCAUUACCCUCUGGAAAAGGCAGCUCAGGCCCAACAUGACAUCAUCGAGUCUCCUGGGGCUUCUGGGAAAAUUGUCCUGACCAUUUAAUGACGAGCUGGAAUUUUUCUUCUUUGCAACAAAACACAAGGAAACAUCUCAUUAUUGAAGAUACUUAAGUUAAUCAUACGUGAUAUAUUAACAUUACGCACGUAGAUCAAGCACCAUACUAUUUACAUUUUUAAAAGAUAAAAACUUUGACACUUAAAAAAACUUUUUUAGAUACAAAAAUCUUUUUUUUUAUAAUAUGUAUGUGAUUUUUUUUGUCUUCUCUACAUCCAGUCUGGUUUCAGCUCAAAGUUUUGUGAAAUGAGUUGAUUCACCUAUAAAAUAAAAAAUAAAAUAAAUAAACUUGGAAAAAAAAUGAA